UUAUUGAGUGAUUUGAAGGGUUUUGAUUAUAUGUCGAAUUCUUAGCUACAAUAUGGUAAAAUUAACUCCAGAUUUGAUUCAGCAAUCGAUGCAGUAUAUUAAUCCGGUUAGAGAUCGCGAGUUAGAUCUUAGAGGAUAUAAAAUACCGACGAUAGAAAAUUUAGGAGCAACGCUGGAUCAAUUUGAUACGAUAGAUUUUUCAGAUAAUGAUGUAAGGAAACUGGAUGGAUUUCCUCUACUUAAACGUAUCAAAACGUUAUUCUUCAAUAACAAUCGCAUAGUUAGAAUUGGUGAUGGUUUGGAGCAUUGUAUACCUAAUCUUGAAACACUCAUGUUAACAGGAAAUAUGAUACAAGAGCUUGGCGAUAUUGAACCACUGAUUUCUUUACAAAACUUCACAAAUUUAUGUCUCUUACAAAAUCCAAUUACUGCUAAAUCUUAUUAUAGACCAUAUGUUGUCUAUAAACUACCACAAUUAAAGCUAUUAGAUUUUAGAAAAAUAAAACAAAAGGAGCGUAUCGAAGCAAAUACAUUUUUCAAAAGUCCAAAGGGCAAAGAAAUUACAAAGGAAAUAUCAAAGAAAGCCAAAGCACAGGCACAGGGUGCAAAUGGAAUGGACAAACCAGCUAUAAGUAUCAACGAUAGGGCAAAGAUUAGAGAGGCUAUUACCAAUGCUACAUCAUUGGAAGAAGUUCAAAGACUUAGUAAACUACUACAGUCGGGUUACAUUCCAGGAGAAAACAGGCAUUAUAAUGGAAAUCCCAACAUAGAUACUAUAGAAGAAGACGAAGAUUAAGGUCAAUUCAACUAACUUUAAACGUAUUUAUUAAGGCAUAACAGAAAAAACUACAUCUUAAUUGCUACUUUCAAUCAAAUAUUAAGCUAAUAAGUUCACUACACCAAUGAUAAUUAUAAAUGUACUUUCAUUUCAUGAUUAAACUUAUUUAUAGUUUG